AAAGCCAAGUGGAAGAAAUCAGCAGGCCAUAACCUGGGAAGCAAUAUGGCGUGCAACAAUUGUUUGUUUAUGUUUAUAUGGGCUGUUUAAUGUUUUAGGUUAUGAGGACAUAUGCAAGGACCUUACAGAAUGAAGAAGGAAAAAACUGCCGACAAAUCAAGACCAUUUAAAUUAGCCCAUCAGAUUGUCAGCCUGACAGGAAUUAACAUUCAGAGACAAAGUAUAAUUGGCUUUGUAGAGUUAACAAUUGUUCCCCUCCGAGAUACCUUGAGGAACAUCAAGCUUAAUGCCAAACAAUGUCGCAUUUACCGGGUUAUAAUAAAUGAUGCAUUUGAGGCACCUUUCCAAUAUUUUGAUCCAUUUUUGGACAUAUGCCAGGGUGACACUAAGCAGAGAUCUCUGGAUGCCUUCUCCACAGCACAUUUAGCUGCUGCUCUGCAGACUGAUCCUGAUAAUAAUGCAGGGGAGCUUGUUAUCAGUAUUCCUCCAGAGGCAAGCCACUUAGUUGGAGAAGGAAGGGCCCUUCGACUCGGGAUUGAAUUCUCUUCAGAGCAACCUCAGGGAGGAGUGCACUUUGUUAUCCCUAAUUGUGAAGGGACAUUAUCUGAGAGAGGAGCACAUAUGUUUACAUAUGGACAUGAGAAUUCAUCAAGGUUGUGGUUUCCAUGUGUAGAUAGCUUUGCUGAACCAUGUACUUGGAGGUUAGAGUUUACAGUGGAUGAAAACAUGACUGCUGUCUCAUGUGGUGACCUUAUUGAGGUUGGAUACACUCCUGACAUGCGCCGUAAGACUUAUCAUUACCUACUGAACACACCAACAUCUGCUCCAAACAUUGCAUUGGCAGUAGGGCCAUUUGAAAUCUUUGUGGACCCAUACAUGCAUGAAGUAACUCUCUUCUGUCUGCCACAACUCAUGCCUCUUUUAAAAGUGUCAGCACGAUAUAUGCACGAGGCAUUUGAAUUUUAUGAAGAGACGCUGGCUAAUCGAUACCCAUAUAGCUGCUAUAAGCAAGUAUUUGUGGAUGAAGCUGAUCAAGAUAUUUCUGCAUAUGCCACCAUGAGUAUCGUAAGCACAAACCUGCUGCAUUCCAUGGCCAUAAUUGAUCAAACAUACGUGACAAGAAAAGCUAUGGCUCAGGCCAUUGCUGAGCAGUUCUUUGGUUGUUUCAUCUCUAUGCAGAAUUGGUCUGAUACUUGGCUACCCAAGGGUAUUUCUACAUACCUGAGCAGCCUGUAUGCCAAGAAAUGUUUUGGAAACAAUGAAUACAGGGAGUGGAUACAGACAGAAUUGCAAGAGGUGGUACGGUAUGAAGAACAGUUUGGUGGAAUUGUUCUGGAUCCCAGCCAAGCCCCUGCCCCUGUGCCUUCAUCUACAGCAUCUCCAGCUGCACCACCACGACCCCCUGAUCCCGGUUUCUAUUUUCCAGUCCGCAACCUACAUACAAUGUCACCCAAGUACUUAGAAGUGUUAAGGAAGAAAGCACAUCUUGUCAUGCGCAUGUUGGAGCAUCGUAUUGGACAGGAACUCCUGUUGCAGGUGUUCAAUAAGCAACUUUCUCUGGCAUCAAAUGCAGUUCAGGAAAAGAUUGGCAGUGGUUUGUGGAGUCAUAUGUUGAUCAGCACAAAUGUCUUUGCUAAGGCUAUUUUCACUGUAACUGGCAAGGACAUGGCUGUAUUUAUUGAUCAGUGGGUGCGCACAGGGGGUCAUGCCAAGUUUCAUCUCAGCUUUGUGUUCAACAGGAAAAGGAACACUGUGGAGUUAGAGAUUCGUCAAGAUGCGACACAGCAGCGAGGGAUCAGGAAGUAUGUGGGUCCACUUCUUGUUACCAUUCAGGAAUUGGAUGGAACUUUUAGUCAUACUUUACAGGUGGAAGGCACCGUCGCCAAAGCUGACAUCACCUGCCAUUCUAAAAGUCGCCGUAACAAAAAGAAGAAGAUUCCACUCUGUACAGGAGAAGAAGUGGACAUGGACCUUAGUGCCAUGGAUGCUGAUUCACCAGUACUGUGGCUACGUUUGGACCCUGACAUGACUCUCCUCCGCUCAACGUUCAUUGAACAGCCAGAUUACCAAUGGCAGUACCAACUGCGCCAUGAGCGAGAUGUAACUGCACAGAUGGAAGCCAUUUCUGCUCUUGAACGGUACCCAACACCUGCAUCUAGAUUGGCACUUACAGACACAAUUGAGAAUGAACAAGCAUACUACAAAGUGCGCUGCCGUGCUGCCCACUGUCUGACUAAGGUUGCAAAUGCAAUGGUUGCAAAUUGGGCUGGACCUCCUGCUAUGCUUGCAAUUUUCCGAAAAUUGUUUGGAUCCUUCUCCUGUCCACAUAUUGUGAGGCAGAAUAACUUCACAAACCUACAACAUUAUUUUCUUCAAAAGACUAUUCCAGUGGCAAUGGCUGGGUUAAGGAACACACAUGGAAUCUGUCCACCGGAGGUGAUAAGAUUCUUAUUGGACCUCUUCAAGUACAAUGAUAACAGCAAGAAUCGUUAUUCUGAUAACUACUAUCGGGCCUCAUUAGUAGAAGCCCUGGGGGCCACAGUAACCCCUGUAAUCUCUGUGGUACAGCAAGGGACUGCAAUCACAGCUGAAUCUGUGUCCUCUGAUACAAAGCUGGUGCUGGAGGAAAUAACCCGGUGCUUGAAUCUAGAAAAGUUGCUUCCAUGUUACAAGUUUACAGUAUCAGUUGCCUGUCUCAAGGCAAUACGCAAGUUGCAGAAGUUUGGCCAUUUGCCAAGCAACCCUUCCCUGUUCCGCAGUUAUGCUGAAUAUGGACAGUUUAUUGACGUGCGAUUGGCUGCUUUGGAGGCUCUGGUGGACUUUACAAAAGUAGAUGGACGAUGGCCAGAUAUGGAAUUUCUGUUGGACCUGGCAGAGAAUGACCCAGAGCCUUCAGUACGUCACCAAUUAAUACGGAUGUUGGUGGAAAACCCUCCAUUUGAACGUUCACAUAAACAUAGACUGGACAAGGAGGAACUUGUUGAGAGGCUUUGGAACUUGAUCAACUGUAUGCUGUCACACGAUUCCCGCCUGCGAUGUAAUUUUGUCGAUCUAUACUACGUUCUCUAUGGUACACGCAGACCAUUAUGCCUUCCAAUUCCUGAAUUAGCAGCCAUCCUCAACAUUAAACACGAACGACAUGCAAGUCCAAUGCAAGACAAAGAGGUGAAACCUGUUCUUCCUCUGAUACCUUUUGUGAGUGCUUCAAGCGAUACAGAGCCUGCACAUGUCACAAGUGGUGCGAAGCGCAAGGUGGGAUCUCCUCUGCGAGAGACAGAAGUUCUGACUGACGACAACCACCUCGGCUUGGUCACAGUUGAAAUUGUUGCAGGAGAUGAGGGCAGUAAAAUUAAUGUCAAGGAGCCUUCAUUGAAUGGUGGCAAUCUUGCUCCUGCCUCAAAAGUCCGUGUACUGGAAUCAUUAAAGGAGGAGCCAGGAAACUUGUCGGUGACAGCUGCAGCAACACCCAUAACUGCAAACCCAGUGUUACCAACUGUGGUGCCUGUCACCUUGGCAGGCAACCCUGUUCCACCAAUACUGCCCCCAGGAAUGAAUCUGGGUCCUCCCCAUCCAGAAGGACAGGUUAAGUCGGAGUACUUCUCAGACAAUUCACAAUCACUGCCUGGUAUACUAGGCAUGCCUGGCCCAGUCGGGUUUGAACCAGGAAUGUUUCGUGCCAAAGAAAGUGAUGGUGAAAGUGGGCAUUCAAAACAUCACAGAACAGAUUCCAUGUCUAAGCUUAAAAAGAAGAAAAAGGAUAAGAAGAAACACAAACACAAGCACAAACAUAGGCGUGACCACAAGCACGGGAAAGAAAAAGAUAAGGACAAGGAUAAAGAUAAAAGAGAUUUAAGUAAAUUGAAAAUUAAGGAAGAGACACUAAGCUCUGGUAGUUCAAGCCCUAGUCCCAGCGCGUCUGUCUCCCACGAGUUCUCCUUCUGACUGAAAUUGUGUAAAGUUCUGUGUAAUCACUGACUAAAUAGGGUCACUUUUGUGCUACAAGGUACAGAAUUGAAGGUUUAAUAAACUUGUAUCAAUAACUGAA